AUGAUUAACAUAUUAUUAUUGAUUAUGUGUUUGGUGACCAUUAUUACUGAUCAGAGAGGUCAUGGUAUGCAGAUAGUGUCAAAAGAAGAAGAUUUGGAGUUGGAGAGGCAACUAAGCAUCCUUAACAAGCCUCCUAUAAAGAGUAUUCAUACAAAGUCAGGAUACAUAAUUGAUUGUGUUGACAUUAACAAACAACCAGCUUUUGAUCAUCCAUUAUUAAAAAAUCACAAAUUACAGAGAAAACCAAUUUUUAUAUCAAACAUCAAUGAAACAAGAGUUCAGAAUUCACCAACCAAACCUACAUUCAUCUUGGAAAAAGUUCGAUGUCCUAAAGAAACUGUUCCUAUUCGGAGGACAACAAAAAAUGAUUUAAUUCAAGGAAAAGCGUUAUUCAAUGCUCAUAAUCUAACUCAAAAUAGUUCUCUUAAUCAUUUUGCUCGUGUGUUUCUUUCACCGGUGGGUUCUCCCUAUUAUGGAGUCAGUGGAACUAGUAGUGUUUGGAAUCCAAAUGUUUAUAAAGGCCAGUCAAGUUCAGGUUAUUUAUAUGUUCAAAGAGGAGAAGGAGAUGAAAUUAAUAAAAUAUCGGUUGGAUGGCACGUGUCUCCACUAUUAUAUAAUGACGGUCAAACACAUUUAUUUUUGUUUUGGGCGUCAGGUAAAAGUGGAUGCUUUGAUAUGCUAUGCAAGGGUUUUAUUCAGGUUGACAGAUCAUAUAACUUUGGUGCACAUGUAUCUAAAACAUCUACAUAUGGUGGAGAGAUUAUUGAAUUACCGCUUAAAAUUUCUCGGGAUAAUGUUGGUAAUUGGUGGUUAAAAGUGGUAGAUAAGGAUAUCGGAUAUUUUCCUGCAUCUUUAUUCCCUUCCUUGACCCACCAAGCGGAUACAGUGGGAUGGGGUGGAUAUACAGUAACUCCAAUGGGUACUACGAGUCCAACAAUGGGUUCCGGAUACAAACCAGAUAAUGACUUCACUCAUGCAUCUUAUUUUAGAUUUGUUAAAUAUUUGGAAAUAGUUGGAGAAGAAGUUGAUCCUCUACGAUUUAUGGUAAAGAGUUACAAUGAUGCUCCUAAUUGCUAUGGAGUUACGAACUAUGAAGAUAAAAGAAAGGGUGAGGGUUAUUCUCUUCAAUUUGGAGGACCAGGUGGUAAAUGUAAUACUUAA